AUGCCCAGAGCUAAACAGGCGCAGACCACCCGCCGCGCGGCCAACCGUCCCGUAUCGGGCCGUAGUGUCGCCCGCAAGAGCACGGGUGGCGUACCCUGGAGUCAACGCCCGGGCCGUACGCCAGUGGCCGCGCGACCGCCGCCAUCGCCCACACCGUCGGACGACGACUCGAUGGCCAACAGUCAGAGCACCAGCAGUGGUGGCGGAGCCGGUGGUCGGCGAUCGGUGUCACAGCAAGACAUGCAACGCAUACUCGAGACCAAGAGAGGCAACGGGUCGGGCUAUGGGCACAAGUCGACGGGCGGCGCCCACCAAAUGGCGCCCAAACGCCGCCCCUAUCGCCACCGUCCGGGCACUAUCGCCCUGAAGGAGAUCCGCCGCUAUCAGCGCACGACUGAGCUAUUGGUGCCGCGCCUCCCGUUUCAACGCCUGGUCCGCGAGAUUGCGGCCGAUUUGAAGGACGACCUGAAGUUCCAGUCGGCGGCGCUGUCCUGUCUGCAGGAGGCGGCCGAAGCAUACCUCGUGGGCCUGUUUGAGGACACAAACCUGUGCGCCAUUCACGCCCGACGCGUGACGAUUAUGCCCAGGGAUAUACAGCUGUCCCGACGUAUAAGGGGUGAGCGUACGUAA